AGUGGGGUCCUAGGAGGGGAGCCCCAGAUCGGUCCAGUCAUUCGUGGCUUCCUAUCCGUUCCGGUCCUUUACCCCACUCGGUGUUGGAGAUCAGCUGCAGAGGGGCCCCCUUAACAAAGUAAGUGUGCGCCCAGAGACAGGUACGUGGCUGUAUCUGUCCAGCAGCGGCACCCUGGAGCAGAGAUGGCUCUGGCCCAGGAGCUGUACGAUACCCCUGCCUCCAGGCUGGACUCCUUCGUCGCUCAGUGGCUGCAGCCCAGCCGGGAGUGGAAGGAAGAGGUGCUGGGGGUAGUGCGAACCGUGGAGAGGUUCCUGAGGGAGGAGCACUUCCAGGGCGACCGCGGGCUGGACCAGGAGGUGCGGGUGCUGAAGGUGGUCAAGGCAGGCUCCUUUGGAAAUGGCACAGUGCUCAGAGGUACCGCGGAGGUGGAAUUGGUGGUGUUCCUGAGCUGUUUCCGCAGCUUCCAGGAGGAGGCCAAGUACCACCAAGCUGUCCUGAGACUCAUACAGAAAAAGCUGUGGCGUUGCCAGGACCUGCUGGCCCUCGGGCUGGAAGACCUGUGGGUGGCCCAGGGAGCCCCCGGUGCUCUUGUCAUCACCAUCCAGACCAGUGGGAUCGAGGAGCUCAUCACCAUCACCAUCGUGCCCGCCUACAGGGCCCUGGGGCCUUUGGCUCCCAACUUUCAGCCACCUCCUGAUGUUUAUGUGAGUCUAAUUAAGGCCCACGGUUACCCUGGAAACUUCUCUCCAUCCUUCAGCGAGCUACAGAGAAACUUCGUGAAACAUCAGCCAACUAAGCUGAAAAACCUCCUGAGGCUGGUAAAACACUGGUACCUGCAGUACGUGAAAGCCAAGUGCCCCAGGGCCAACCUGCCUCCUUUCUAUGCCCUCGAACUACUGACCAUCUAUGCCUGGGAAAUGGGUACUCAGAAGGAUGAGAAUUUCAGGUUGGAUGAAGGCCUUACCACUGUGAUGGAACUGCUCCAGGCGUAUGAGUUUGUCUGCAUCUACUGGACCAAGUAUUACACCUUCCAGAACCUAGUCAUCGAGAACUUUGUCAGAAAACAGCUCAAGAAAGACAGACCUAUCAUCCUGGAUCCAGCUGACCCCACCCGAAACGUGGCAGAAGGGUACAGAUGGGACAUAGUCGCUCAGAGGGCCUGCCAGUGCCUGAAACAGGACUGUUGCUAUGACAACCAGGAGUUCCCCGUCACCAGCUGGAAUGUGAAGAGGGCACGAGACAUCCAGGUGACAGUGGAGCAACGCAAUUACUUCGACUUGAUCCUCUGGGUAGACCCUUAUGAGCCCAUAAAGAAGAUUAGGGAGAAAAUCCAGCAGAACCGGGGUUACUCAGGCCUACAGCGUUUGUCCUUCCAGGAGCCAGGCGGCGAACGGCAGCUCCUCAGCAGCCACUGCUCCCUGGCAUAUUACGGGGUCUUCUCCAACACCCGCAUCUAUCUGCUGGAGACUUUCUCCCCUGAGAUCCAGGUCUUUGUAAAGAAUCAAGAUGGCAGGAGCCACGCCUAUGCCAUCGAUCCCAACAACUGCAUCCUGAGACUGAAAGAGCAGAUUGAAGACAGGCUGGGGUUGCUCAGAAGGCAGCAGCAGCUGGAGUUCCGAGGCCAAGUCCUGCAGGAUUGGUUGGAUUUUGGGUGCUAUGGCAUCCAAGACAGCGACACUCUUAUUCUCUCCAAGAAAAAAGCCAGUGAGGCUCCAUUUCUACACAGCUAGUUUUCUCUGUGCAUUGAAUUUGUCUUCUAAUCCAGAACUCAUUCUAUCAACCAUGCCUCCCAGUUCUCUGCAAAGAUGGCCCAUGUCUUAACCAGCUUUGUCGUGGUUAUCCUAGCCCUGCUGAUAGGGGACUGCGGAGGGGUGUGAGAGACUGAAUAGACAAACAGACAAUGGCCAGACCAUAUACAGUGAAACCUCUGAGAGCCGGAACUUGGCGGGAUUGCCUUGUUUUUCUGGGUCUCUCAAGUUUUCCACCUUUGACAGUGUGCCGUCUUACCACUUUUCUGUUGCUCAUUUUAGAGGAAAAUAUUUUACUUUUCCUUCUCUAACAGGUUCCUGCCUUACAUGGUUUCUGGCUUUUGCAGGUUUUACUGUAUGACUAUAGAACUCUGGUCCACAACCUCUGUCUGCAGCAACCUGUCCAUGAAGCCAAAGCACAAUCUCGGCAGCAAGAACCCCAAAACGGUUAGCACUUGGUCAAUAACUACCAGCUUCCCUAAAACUUGUCCUACUUCCAACUUAUGACAAAUCAGAGAAGGCCAAAUAUGUUCCCCCAGCCAAUCACAUGCAGCCCUGGUGCUACGGCUGCUAACUAAAAGAUCAGCAGUUCCAAUUUACCAGCUGCUCCUUGGAAACCCUCUGGGGCAGUUCUACUCUGUCCUAUAGGAUCACUAUGAAUCUACUUAAUGGUAACUUUUUUUUUUAACCAAUCUCAUGGAAUGCCUUGCUUCUACUUAUUCCAUCUCCACUUCCAUGUGCCAACAGCCUCCAAUCAGAGCACACCUGAAGUCAUCCCUUUUUCCAUUAUAAAACUUUGCCACUGCUCUGCCUCCUUUGAGCCUCAUCCAAGUGCAAAGGAUGGUGGCUGACUCCCUUGCUAUAGUAAGCUCUGAAUAAAUAGUCUUCGUUUGCUCUCA